UUUGGCAAUUUGGCAUGCAGGUUUGGCCGCACUGGCGUGUACCGAGCUUUCAUGUUCAGCAACCCGACGAUCCUGGUGACGACGCCGGAGGCGUGCAAGCAGGUGCUCAUGGACGACGACGGCUUCGUCAACGGGUGGCUCAAGGCCACGGUGGCGCUCAUCGGGCCCAAGUCGUUCGUGGCCAUGCCCUACGACGAGCACCGCCGCCUGCGCAAGCUCACCGCCGCGCCCAUCAACGGCUUCGACGCGCUCACCGCGUACCUUCCCUUCAUCGACCGCACCGUGACGUCGUCCCUGCGCGCGUGGUCCGGCGAGUGCGCCGACGGCGGCGAGGUCGAGUUCCUGACGGAGCUCCGCCGGAUGACGUUCAAGAUCAUCGUGCAGAUCUUCCUGGGCGGCGCCGACGACGCCACCAUGCACUCGCUGGAGCGGAGCUACACGGACCUCAACUACGGGAUGCGCGCCAUGGCCAUCAACCUGCCCGGGUUCGCGUACCGGCGGGCGCUGGGGGCUCGCCGGAGGCUGGUCUCCGUGCUGCAGGGCGUGCUGGACGAGAGGCGGGCGGCGACGGCCAAGGGGUUGACGCGGUCCAGCAGCGUGGACAUGAUGGACCGGCUGAUCGAGGCGGAGGACGAGCACGGGCGGAGGCUGGACGACGACGAGAUCAUCGACAUCCUCAUCAUGUACCUCAACGCCGGCCACGAGUCCUCCGGCCACAUCACCAUGUGGGCCACCGUAUUCCUGCAGGAGAAUCCCGACAUCUUUGCAAAGGCCAAGGCAGAGCAGGAGGCGAUCAUGAGGAGCAUUCCACCGACGCAGCAGGGGCUGACGCUGAGGGACUACAGGAAGAUGGAGUACCUCUCACAGGUGAUCGAUGAGACGCUGCGGUUCGUCAACACCUCGUUCGUGUCCUUCCGUCAGGCGACCAAAGACGUCUUUGUGAACGGGUACCUGAUCCCCAAGGGCUGGAAGGUUCAGCUGUGGUACCGGAGCGUGCACAUGGACCCUCAAGUGUACCCUGACCCCAAGAAGUUCAACCCUUCAAGAUGGGAGGGCCACUCGCCGAGAGCCGGCACAUUCCUCCCCUUCGGCCUCGGCGCAAGGCUCUGCCCCGGCAACGAUCUCGCCAAGCUGGAGAUCUCCGUCUUCCUCCACCAUUUCCUCCUCGGUUACAGGCUGACGAGGACGAACCCCAGCUGCCGGGUGAGGUACCUGCCCCACCCCAGGCCGGUGGACAACUGCUUGGCCAAGAUCACCAGAGUUUCGGACGAGUACUGAAUUCUGAUGAAGCAUAUCUAGCU